GUCCCAGAGGUUGCCACAACAAUACAACCUGAACCCAGAGGUCAAAGAAAGGAUGCUACAGGAGGGCAGCAGAAGAGAGUCCACUUUCAAGUUCAAGACAUGACUGACAAAGCUGGAGGUGAAAGUGAUGUGGAGAAGGAGACUGUGGAGGAAGAUCAUCGCAACAAGAGUAUCAAGGCCUUAAUGGAGAAGAUAGAUAAGAAAACGAAAAGAAAAGCAGGAAGGACACAGAAUAAGUUUAAGGAACAGCUGAUCCAGGACGAAUGAAGAAGAAGACAGGAUUAUCAAGCAACUGGAGAAGAAUCUUGGCUACAACAAGAGGAAGACAAAGACCAU